AUUAAGUUGAGUAGUUACCUAGACCACUGUUUUUCUGGUUGGCGUGAAGAUGAUUUUAACACAAUAUGUUCUGGUGUUGCUUUUUGUAGCCUCUACCUUUGGACAAAAAGUGAUCGAGUGUACAGACAAUGCAGUCACUAUAAGAUGGAGGCCGAAGUUAACCUGGGUUGAAAAGUUGGACCUUUCCAAAGCUCGUCUGGGGAGUUGCCCACCCUCGAGUUUAUCUGUGGAGGAUGACGUGCUGCUGUUUUCCGUCCUGCUCAGUGACUGUGGUUUUAGAAGGCUGGUGAGUGAGGACAAAGUGACGUACACCAAUGUGCUGACUUACCACUUUUACCCUGAGCUUUUUUCCAUUACUGAGCCAGUGGAGUGUGUUCAUAAUAUAUCUAGCAAUGCUGGAGUCAUGGGAAACUUGAAAAAGGACCUUGUCUUCAAUUUGGAGUUGAUGAACAGUGAUUUUAAUGGGCCUGCUCCAUCCACUACGUUCUUAGUCGGCACCAGGAUUCCCAUUCGGGCCAGAGUGGAACACCAGGGACCCAAUCCUGUGUGGAUUUACCUGCAGCGCUGCAUGCUAGCAAAUACUCCAGAUCUCGCUCAGGCUAGCCGGCUACACAGACUUAUUUCUGAUGGCGGAUGUCUCGCCGAAAGCAAAGAAGGAAAUGCAACUUUCUUGCCCAGAAGGGAACCUUCGGAAAUCAGCCUUUAUUUUCAAGCAUUUAAAUUUGCCUUGGGGGAACAAGUUUUCCUUUAUUGUGACAUGUGUACAUGGGAUCGCCAGAGUUUCAAUGUUGAUAAGAAAGCCUGCCAAUAUUUGAAGGACCAAAACAGGUGGGAGCUUUUGGAUGAUCCAGCCCAAAGUUAUAUCUGUAGCUGCUGUGACUCUACCUGUAUUCAUCGAACCACCUUUGAGCCUGGGAUGGAUACACAGCAGGUUCUUGGGCCUUUUACAAUGGUCGAUUUUCAACCAAGUGAAGCUGAACAAGGGAUCGAUACAAACCAGAUUCUUUGGUCUUUUACGACGAUUGCAUCUCCACCCAGAGCAUCAGGGCCGGGAGGAUUUCCUGUGUGGAUUUUGGCGCUUGCUGUUUGCCUGGUGCUCAUCUUGAGCGCCGGAGCCGUUGCAACCAGCUACUACUUGUGUUUUUGGCGGGGUGGAAGGCUGGGAUACCGACCAAGUCGAGAACUUCUGAAUAAAUAUUAAGCUUGUUAAUUUAAA